AUGAAUUUACUGGAAACAAGGAGGUCCUUGUUAGAAGACAUGGAAAUCAUUGAAAAUGCUAUAGCAGAAAGGAUUCAACGGAAUCCAGAGUUAUACUACCACUAUAUACAGGAAUCAAGCAAAGUUUUUCCUGAUACUAAACUACCUAGGUCAUCAUUGAUAGCAGAAAAUAAAAUAUACAAAUUUAAGAAAGUUAAGAGGAAGAGAAAACAGGUAAUCUUGCAGCAGCAUGAGAUAAACCUUUUUCUUCAAGAUUAUCGAGAGAAACAGCAAAAUUUCAAUAGAAUCAAUGGUCCAGAAGGCACACAGGAAGAUGAUAAAGAUUUGCCUAGUUUCGAAGAAAAAUUACAACAGUUUGAGGAGGAACUUAAAAAUGAGGAUGAGAACUUUGAACUGGAUAUAAAUUCUAAAAGAGAUAAAUAUGCUUUAUUCUCAUCUUCUUCUGAUCCGUCGAAGCGCACCAAUAUACUGUCUGACAGAGCUAGAGAUUUGGACUUAAAUGGGAUAUUCACUAGAGACGAGCAAUAUGGUGAAUACAUGGAGAUGGAACAAUUUCAUUCUUUAUGGUUGAACGUAAUUAAGCGAAGUGAUUGUUCAUUGCUCCAAUUUCUUGACGUUGUAGAAUUAUUUUUAGACGACAAGAAAUAUUUGCUAACCCCACCGAUGGAUCGUAAAAAUGACAGGUACAUGGCCUUUUUGGUAAAGUUGAGCAAAUAUGUAGAAACCUUUUUCUUCAAAAGUUAUGCUUUGUUUGACAGAGAGAUAGUUGAAAAUUUAACCAAGUCUGACUUAGAACAUUCAUACUGUAGGGGAUCACUUAAAUCCGAGACAAAAGGCAUUUAUUGCCCUUUUUGUUCCAAGUGGUUCAAGACAUUUCCUGUUUUCGAAAGCCAUUUAGUGGGGAAAAGCCAUAAGAAAAACGAAUCUAAAAGGAGAGAAUUUGUGUACUCUGAAUAUAAGCUGCAUCGAUAUUUGAAAUAUCUAAAAGAUGAAUUUUCUCGUACGAGAAGUUUUGUUGAAAGAAAACUGGCAUUUACGGCAAAUGAAAGAAUGGCGGAAAUGGAUAUUUUAACACAGAAGUAUGAAGCGCCUGCCUAUGAUCUGACUGAAAAGGAGGGCGACGAACAAGGGGAUGGUAGGCAGAGAGAUGAUCAACCGCAAGAAGAAUAUCUCUUCGGUAAAUCAUUCGACAUGCCAUUGGGUCCAGAUGGAUUGCCUAUGCCAUACUGGUUAUAUAAACUGCAUGGACUUGAUAGAGAAUAUCGCUGUGAAAUUUGUUCGAAUAAGAUCUACAAUGGACGACGCACCUUUGAAAGACACUUCAAUGAAGAAAGGCAUCUUUAUCACUUGCGAUGCUUGGGUAUUGAGCCCUCUCCAGUAUUCAAGGGCAUAACCAAAAUUACUGAGGCACAAAAGCUCUGGAAAAAUAUGCAGGGGCAGCCUCAACUGAUAAGUUCUAUUGCAGCCGUUCUCACAAAGCCUAAUCUUUCGCAACCAAAACUUCCUACCGAAUUGGAACUAGAAGAAGAAGACGAAGAAGGAAAUGUGAUGAGUAAGAAGGUCUACGAUGAGCUUAAGAAGCAGGGUUUGGUGUGA